UUUACUAACUACGGGUGCCCCAAAGUGCGGCUAUUUGAGACAUUUUGCGGUUCGACCGCGAUUUUAGUCUGCGUACGAACAACGUUUCCGCCAGCUCUAACAUCUUAUGUGUUAUGUCUUAUGUAUUACGAGUUUAUCAAUAAGCGUAACCUGGUAAAAUAAUUGAAUAAAUUCACCACUUAAUGGACGAGGAUCGUUGUGUUACAACAUGGUACGUAUCUGGCUGCUAAAAUGACGCUUUGUUUCGUUUCCGAAGCUACGCUGAUGUUUGCAACUGGGUCGGGGUGCCCAAAGUCCAAAGGUUCCGUCACUUGCCUCAGCGGCACAACAAAAACAGCGAUUAUGCGCACACGCGCGAUGUAGUCUUACCAUAAACAACACCGAUAUGACAUAUGAAUGAUAGUCAGUUGCCUCCAAUGGGGACUCCAAGGAAUGGGAUCAAGAAGGGACGAUUUAUUUUGUCUGUGGACGUGGGCACGACUUCGAUCAGAUGUCACGUGUAUGACAAGAAGGCACAAAUUCGUGGCUCGUGCUCUACAGAGGUGGUCCCGUUAUAUCCAGAGGAAGGACAUGUGGAACUUGACCCGGCUGAACUGUGGAAAGGCUUCAUCUUUGUGGUGAAGGGGGCUGUGAAAGAUGCCGGAGUCCAAAUGCAUCAAAUGGAAGCUAUGGGCAUCUCUACCCAGCGAGCUACCUUUACAACGUGGGACAGGAGAACUGGCACUCCUUUCCAUAAUUUCAUCAGCUGGCAGGACCAGAGAGCAGCGGAGUUGGUAACAUCCUGGAACAGAUCAUGCACCUUGAAAGCGAUCCAUGGUGUAAUGAAAGUUCUGCACUUCGUGACCAGGCAGAAGCGCUCACUUGCAGCGAGUCUGAUUGUCUUCUCCCCUCAGCAUGUCACUUUCCGCCUUGUUUGGACCCUCAAACACUACAAACAGGUUGCUCAGGCUGUGGCCGAAGGCAACUGCUGCUUUGGAACAAUUGACACCUGGCUCUUGUUUAAACUCACAAACGGAGUGAUUCAUGCCACUGACUACUCAAAUGCAAGUGCAACGGGGAUUUUCGACUCCUAUCAGAUGUGUUGGAGUCAGAUGCUUUGCUCUCUGGUCUCCCUGCCGCUCUCUAUUUUUCCCAAAGUAGAAAAUACAGGACAUGAAUUUGGUUGCACUGACCCGUCCAUCUUUGGUUUGCCCAUUCCCAUCAUGUCAGUGAUGGCGGACCAACAGGCUGCCAUGUUUGGGGAGUGCUGUUACAAUGUGGGUGAUGUGAAGAUCACCAUGGGAACAGGUACCUUCAUGGACAUCAACACUGGCAGCACACCUCACACGUCCGUAAAUGGUCUCUAUCCGCUGGUGGGUUGGAAGAUUGGCCCAGAAGUAGUGUAUCUGGCUGAGGGUAAUGCAGCAGAUACUGGCACCGCCAUCAAAUGGGCUCAGGCACUUGAUCUCUUCUCAGAUGUGGAGCAUACCAGCCCCAUGGCGUACAGUGUGAGCGACGCCAAUGGGGUGUGUUUCGUCCCGUCUUUCAGUGGCCUGCAGGCUCCCCUGAACGACCCAAAAGCCUGCGCUUCCUUCAUGGGCCUCAAACCUUCUACCACGAAAUGCCACCUGGUCCGUGCCAUUCUGGAGUCCAUUGCCUUCAGAAACAAGCAGCUCUAUGAGACGAUGCUUAGAGAAACCAACAUUCCCAUUACAAAGAUCAGGGUGGACGGCGGGGUUUCCUCUAAUGAUUUCAUCAUGCAGCUCACUGCAGACCUGUUUGGUAGAAAGCUACAACGAUGCCGGAACCAUGAAAUGUCCUGCUUGGGGGCUGCCUUUGUUGCCGGACUUUCUGUGGGCUAUUGGAAAUCGUGUGAGGAGCUGACCAAGCUGCACAGCGCAGGUGACAUAUUUUGCCCUAAAAGAAUGUCCGGUGACUGUGCUAGUUCCGGGUACGAUCUCCAGAGAUGGGAAAGGGCUCUACAACGCUCUAUGUAUUGGUACAAGCAACCAUGACACGGGAUCCUCUCACAAAAGAAGAAACUGAAACCUGAGCCACUCUUUCAAAAAAAAGAUUAUUGUGCCACAUCCCGCUAUUAUGUCCAGUAUACUUGAAACCACGAGUUUGACCGUAGAGACCAGAAAUCAAUUGUUACUUUCAUAUAGAUGUGAUUUUCAAGUCACUUCUCAGGUUUCAUUAUUUCAUCAAAUGGACACCAUACUUGCACAUUUUCCCACACAGGGGUGUUAAUAUGAGGCGUUUCCAUGUCUCAUUCUUACUAAGCCCCCAACAUGACAUGGGUUACA